AUGGCGGGGCCCAGGCUGGGGUGGCUGUCCUCCCGCAAACGCCCCCAGGAAGGGAGGCCCCGCCUGUCCCUGGGACUGGGACCCUCAGGGGCAGUGUGGGGAGGCAGCCGGGGUGGUGAUGUCCAGGGGCCACAGCGUCCUCUGACCUCAGCCAGUGGCCACCAAGCACCUGUGCCUCUGUCUUUCGGAACCACCCAUGUCAGCCCAGGGCCACAGGGCCCACGGCUCCCCCAGGUCAGCCCAGGGCCACGGGGCCAGGCUCCCCCAGGUCAGCCCAGGGCCACGGGGCCCACGGCUCCCCCAGGUCAGCCCAGGGCACGGGGCCAGGCUCCCCCAGGUCAGCCCAGGGCCACGGGGCCCACGGCUCCCCCAGGUCAGCCCAGGGCCACGGGGCCCACGGCUCCCCCAGGUCAGCCCAGGGCCACGGGGCCAGGCUCCCCCAGGUCAGCCCAGGGCCACGGGGCCCACGGCUCCCCCAGGUCAGCCCAGGGCCACGGGGCCAGGCUCCCCCAGGUCAGCCCAGGGCCACGGGGCCCACGGCUCCCCCAGGUCAGCCCAGGGCCACGGGGCCAGGCUCCCCCAGGUCAGCCCAGGGCCACGGGGCCCACGGCUCCCCCAGGUCAGCCCAGGGCCACGGGGCCAGGCUUCCCCAGGUCAGCCCAGGGCCACAGGGCCAGGCUCGCACAGGCCGCACCCCGCCUCCCCCUCGGUUCACCGCGCUCUGUGCGGUCACCACAGCCCCGGGUGGGCAUCCAGGAGCCCCGGGCCCUUCAGGCACUGCACUCCCUGCAGACUCCCUCAGAGUCUGCUCAGCCCAGGGCAGCCCUCAGAGUGGCCACACUGAGUCACCCCCACCUGGGGGCCCUGAACACCAGCCCCGCCCUGCCCCUCUGCACUGCUAGGGCUGGGCACACAGGUGGACUCGGUAGCCUGGAGCUGCCCUCGGGACACAGCCCCAGGAGGCCACGUCCCCUUGGCCACGCGAGGCCAGCCCAGGGCCCGGGAGCCACACUUGGCACAGCCUGCAAUGACGGCCUUGUGUGUGGAGUGGGCGCUUCCCAGGCCUGCCCUGCUCCCGGGGUCGUGCUGUCCAGACGCCCCAGGGCCGGCUGGCUUUGCGCAAGUUCCCGCCCCCUUGUCCUGAUUUGGGAGCAGGGGCUCUGCGUUAGACCUGGAGAGAGGGACCUCACGUCAGCAGCGCGGGAGCUGGGAAGCCAGCUGGACGCUGACGCGGGCUCCCCGCCGUCCCUCCGCCCUGCCCAGUCCACUAGCACCAGGCCUUUCCCCGGAUGGAGCCCACGAGGUGCCCUCCGCUCCGCUGUCACGCAAGCACCACCGCGCGGCCACCAGGGGGCAGCACCGCCAAGCCAGAGUCAGGUCAGCAGGUGGGCCAGGCGCCGUAUUUUUUGA